AUGGUUGUGGUGUUUGUAUCCGCCCGCCGGCAUCAUACACUACAUCCCGUCGAUACCUACCCGCCCAAGGUCGAGGACGACGUCGUCCUUCGCAGCAUUCGCGACCCCCAAAUGUUGAUGGGACUCGGCCGCAUUUCUUCACUCGAUGCCGACUGGACUGGACCGUAUGCCCCACUGGUGACGAAUAAAAGACCUUGGCUGUGGAUGUCAGUGUCAACCACAGUCACGGCCCGCCUGAAACAACAAGCACCAACAGCGCUGAAAGGGACCAAACCCCACCGAAUGGAAGUGGAACUGAAGUGCCAGGUGGAUCAAGGAGCCUCUGAGCCGCUACACAACGGGCAGAUUGCCGGAUGCCGUGCGCUAAAAACAUCGAGAACCUCAAAACCCGGUGCGGUUAGGUUGGAACCAACACCUGCAGGUGGCUCCCGUCCUCCGCGCCGCGUGACCGGUGCUACUCUCUGCGGCUACCACCACCAACCACAACACUAUUGGUGCUGCGCCACGCUUAUCACCACCAUCACUGCCCCUCCCAAGUCGGAUGUGAUUCAGAAGCUCACAUAG